AGAGUGUAUAAUCUAUGAUCAUAGAUUAAACACUCAAUGUGCCAUAAGCCAUUGGUUAAAUUUAAUGCAACAUACAUACGUUUAAUCAAUUCGGCAUUGUUUAUAGUGUUCAUACAAUUAAUUUUCAUAAAAUUAACUUUCUGUGAAUUUGUGAAGACCUUUAAAGUGGAUUUUAAUCAUGACGGUAGACGGUGAGGAUAAGAAACCGAGAGAUCGUGUGUUCAUGGAUAUUUCGAUCGGCGGUAUGCCAUCCGGUCGAAUAGUGUUCGAGCUGUUCAAUGAGGUGGCUCCGAAGACCGCGGAGAACUUCCGGGCUUUAUGCACUGGAGAGAUGGGCAUUGGAAAAAAUACUGGCAAACCACUCACUUAUAAGGGCAUGGUGUUUCAUAGAGUAGUCAAAGACUUCAUGAUACAAGGAGGAGAUUUCACAAAUGCCAAUGGAACUGGAGGAGAGUCUAUUUACGGUGGUACUUUUGAAGAUGAGACAUUUGAGCUGAAACAUGAUAGGCCAUUGUUAUUGUCAAUGGCAAACAGAGGAAAGGAUACCAAUGGGUCACAGUUUUUUAUAACAACACAGCCGGCGCCGCAUCUCGACAAUGUGCACGUAGUGUUCGGGUCGGUGGUGGGGGGCGCGGCGCUGGUGCGGCAGCUGGAGGCGCUGUCCGUGGACCGCAACGCGCGCCCGCUGCAGGACGUGCUCGUCGUCAACUGCGGAGAGCUCGUCAAGAUCAAGACCGUAAAAAAGCGAAAACAAGAGAUGGAAAAAGACGAGAGCGAAGCCGAGUCUGACCCGUCGCAGAAGAAAGAUAAGAAGAAGAAAAAAGAAAAAAAGGAGAAAAAGAAAGAAAAAAAGAGCAGGGAGGAGCCCGGCCACCCGCUGGCGCUCAGCACGCCGCUCGACCCGCGCGAGAUCCCCGCCGUGCCCCCGCACAGCUUCCUGCUGCGGCCCGAGGGCGCCACCCGCCGCGACCCCGCCCGCGACCCCGCUCGGGACAGAGGCCGGUACCGCGAGAGGGACCGGAACGUGUACACCCGCAGCGGGAGGAUCAUCAAGGGGAGAGGAGUCUUUCGGUACCGCACGCCGUCCCGCUCCCGCUCCCGCUCCCGCUCGCGCUCGGGCACGCCGCCGCACUGGCGCCAGGCGCAGCGCCGCAUCAUCAAGCUGUCCGAGUUCGAGCGCGCCGAGGGGGAGCGAGCCCAGCGCGAGCAGCGCGCGGCGCGCCGGGAGCGGCCCGCCCGCGCCGACACCGAGGAGGGCGGCACCCCCGAGCGCCCCGCCCCCCACCCCGCGCCCCACCCCGCGCCCCACCCCGCGCCCAAGGGAGGAGCCGCCGACGCGAGCGGCGAGCGCGUGGACUACAACGCGCUGGACUUCGAAGCGGACACCGAGCACGACGAUGAACAUAACUUCCGGAAACGCAAAAAUGAAGGCUCCCCGACGAGGACGUCCUCCCGGGCAGAGAAACUCGCCCUGGCGCUCGGAGUCAACCCCAAGCACGGGGAGGACAGCCGCGACAGCUACCGCCCCCCGCGCGACGCCCGGCGCGACCUCCCCCCGCGCCUCCCCUCCGCCGUGACCCCCGCGCCCCCCGCCGCGCCCCCGGACCCCGCCGCGCCCUACGACCCCGUCACGCUGCUGCGCUACUCGCUGCACAGGGACAGGAAGGCAACCGACACCAGGAAAGAAGAGCUCGAGCGAGCUGAGCGCCGCGACAAGGACGACAAAACUGACCGCCACAAGAGCGACAGAGACGACAAGCAUCGCAAGCGUUCCGAGUCCAGGGGACGCGACCGCAGGCCGAGCGACGCGGACCGGCGCAGGACCCCCGACCGGGAACACAGGGGCCGGGGGGACAGGGACAGGGCGCGGGACCGGAGGCGGCGGUCGCGCUCCGACGACAGGUCCAGCUCCCCCCGACAGCGCCAUCGCAAGAGGUCCAGAGAGGCGCCCGGCUCCGACGCCGCCCGCCCGGACGACAAGCGGAAGGAGGACGAGCGGAACGAGGCGCGCAAGGAGCUCAUGGAGAUCGUCCGUCUCAUCAAGUCUCGACAAAAGAACAGGGAGAACAAGGCGUCCGCAGUGAGUAAAGACAAGGAAGCCGGCGAGUCUUCCGGCUCGGAGCCCGAGGCGUCGCCCCGCGCCCCCGCCCGCGCCCCGCCCCGCGUGUAGCUGCACCAACACGUCACUCUACAUAAAUAUGGCCGAUGCAAUAUACAAAAGUUAUAUCAAUGAGGCGCCAGAUCCUAACACCAAUUCAAUAAAUUCACUGACAAGUAAUCGGUUAAACAAGGUUCCGUAACAAAUGAUCACGUUGCCGGAGCGCCGCCCGCCCGCGCCGCCGCGCAACCUCGCAACCUCAUGUCGCGUCGCGUCGUGCCGCAUCGUGCCGCGUGGUGCUGCGUCGUGCCGCGUCGUGCCGCGUGGUGCCGCAUCGUGCCGCGUGGUGCCGCGUCGUGUCGCGUAAUGCUGCGUCGUGCCGCAUCGUGCCGCGUGGUGCUGCGUCGUGCCGCGUCGUGCCGCGUGGUGCCGCGAGAUGCCGCGUCGUGCCGCGUGGUGCUGCGUCGUGCCGCGUCGUGCUGUCGCGUUAAAUUUUAAAAUAUUUGUUGUUGUUAUGACUCGUCGUUUCACAAUUUUAUCAAUAUACACUUUGUAACUUUACCCGAUUUAAUUACCACUUGGUAAUUAAAUCGUUUUUCCUCGUGCAUUUCAAUCGAAGUUUGCGUGCCAAUUUAUAAGUAUAAUUAUUAUUCACCUAUUUGUUUAACAUAAGCUCCUGCAACCCGGGUAUACCAUAUUUUGGUUAAGUUAAAAAUUGUGCAUGAUAGGUUGGAGUGCGCUGCGGUAAACUUCAGUUCAAAUAAUUUCCCCGUAAAACGAGUGACGUCAUUGUAUAAGACUCCAGUUCCUUCGAGAACAUUGUUUGUUAAUUAAAUCAUUUUAUUAAGUAAUUCGCGUUAAGAAUGCUGUUAAUGAAGUGCUGACCAAUAAACUAAGAACAGCUUUCAAUUUUGUUCAUUUAUCGGUAGGAUUAAACUAAAAUCGUGGUGGAACUCCGAGAGCACGCUUCCGUUUUUUUUAAAUAUCCAUAAUGAAUUCAAAAUAAUGUAUGUUUGUGUUGAAUGUUUUAUGACAAUAGUUAAAGUUAGUUUGGUGACAUUUAAUACAUAGUUCUGUGUGACCUUAGUGUGACUAAUUAUAGAUACAUGCAUGUGUUAACUGAACUCACGCGACAGAAGUGAAACUUCUCUACGAAGGCCGAGCCCCGCGGCGCUCCACAACACACAUUUGCGCGGCACACGAUAGUAAAGCGGAUGUCCCCCCCCCCCGUCUGUACGUGCAGUCGAGAAGUGUCACUUCACAUAGUCCGCGGCGGCGGGGGGAAUGUUCAUGAAAGGUUGAACGGUUGCUCUGUGCUCAGUUUAACAUUGGUGAGUGUCGAGUGUAUCGGAGCGCCCUCCCGCGGAGCUCGCUGUCCUGUUCAAUAAACUUGAUGAACUCUGAAA